AUGUCUACACAUAAAAAACAUUUUAUUUUCAAAAAUAUUAUUUUUAUUUUCUCUCCGAAAAAUAUUAUUUUACUUUAUUCCAACUUUUAUUUCCAGUUAUGGAUUAAAGACCAAUCUGAUUAUAAAAAAUUAUUAUCCACAUUAAUCAAAAAGAUUGAAGAACAAAUUAAAAAAGAAAUUAAAUUUCCCAACGAAAAAAUAAUGAGAAACUUUGAAUACCACAAUAGCAGUAAACGAAAAGAAGUUGUGAAGAAAAUUGAGCUUAUGAGGAACUUAAAAAUUGAAAAAGAAAUAAAUUCGAAAAGAGUGGUUGGGAUUAAGAAAGCGAAUAAAAGUAGAAGUGAUGAUAUGUGGAGGGAAUAG